UUUCACCGGGUUAUAUUGGAGAAAUGUAUGCAAUAUAUUGUAUUUAUACUUUUACAAUUAUUUGCGUUGCAAUUCUCACGAGAAUGUGUUUCAUGAUAUUUCGGACAUUUACGACAAAACGAACGCAUGUUGCUUUCGUUAACAAUGUGAAAACAUUAAUAAUAUUGGGGUCUGGUGGACAUACUGCAGAAAUGAUAAGAAUUCUUAGUUACUUAGAGUUUAAGAAUUAUUCACCAAGAAUCUAUGUUCACGCUGAUACAGAUGUAAUAAGUGUAGAGAAAGUGCAGGAUUUAGAAAAAGAUAAUACAGAUUACAAAAUAAUAAAGAUUCAACGGAGUAGAGAAAUUAGACAGUCGUAUUUUACAUCUAUUUAUACUACGUUGUGGGCAACAUUAGAGUCGAUACCACUUUUGUGGACAGAACGUCCAGAUUUACUUUUGUGCAAUGGCCCAGGCACUUGUGUCCCUUUGUGUAUCAUUAUGUUUCUAUUUAAAGUGUUUUUCGUUACACGAACUACGAUAGUAUUUAUUGAAAGCUUUUGCAGAGUGCACACAUUAUCUUUAAGUGGGAAAAUUUUGUAUUAUAUAGUUGAUUAUCUACUUGUUCAAUGGCCAUCGUUAAGCAAACCUAUGUACAAAAAAGCAAUUUAUAUUUGAGUAAACCAAUUUUAAUACAAACUUUA